UAACAUUCUGCCUGCCUAUCGUACUUUUGACUGCACUAAAAGACUCAAGGAUUCGGCUAGUUAAGAACGGCAGAAGCGCGUUAAAUCCCGGAGAAAACUAAAACUGACCACGUCUGCACAUUCCAAUAUGAGCAAAGUAACCUUCAAAAUCACGCUAACAUCGGACCCUAAGCUGCCGUUUAAGGUGCUCAGUGUUCCGGAAGGAACUCCCUUCACGGCCGUACUGAAAUUCGCAUCGGAGGAGUUCAAAGUUCCGGCCGAAACGAGUGCCAUCAUCACGGACGAUGGCAUCGGCAUUAGCCCACAGCAGACCGCUGGAAAUGUGUUCCUGAAGCACGGAUCGGAACUGCGCCUGAUACCCAGAGAUCGGGUGGGCCACCAACUAAGCUAGUUUCCCUAGUUCAUUCGUAUUUCCCCUUGAGAUUCCCCCCUUUUCAAUGCUUAUUAAAAUGUUAAUCGAUGUAA